AAAAGGGUUAAUAAAUUCAAAAAAGAAAAGAAAAAAAAAAAGACUCCAAAAAGAAAAAGAAUAGUGAACAGAAUCCACAACCACAACCACAGCUAGGUGAAGGAAGAAGAAGUCUGAGGACAAGUUGCAACCAUUAUUUGCCGUGUAGGUUUGGGUUAGUUGAACCAUUUCGACACGUGGCUUAUCCUAAUAGGUCAUCUCACCGGGCAAUUUCUUAGUAAGUCGGUUUACUCCUCCUUUAAAUUCAGGCCUCCCCGAUAGCUCCUCCUCAUUCAUUCAGAAACUAUUCUCUACGUUAGCCUUCUCCAAUUCGAUUCGUAGCCUGCUUCUCUUUCUCUCAAGAUGCAGAUCUUUGUCAAAACUCUUACCGGUAAGACCAUCACUCUCGAAGUCGAGAGCAGCGACACCAUCGAUAAUGUCAAAGCCAAGAUUCAGGACAAGGAAGGAAUUCCCCCGGAUCAGCAGAGGCUUAUCUUCGCCGGAAAACAGCUUGAGGACGGCCGUACCCUCGCUGAUUACAACAUCCAAAAGGAGUCAACCCUCCACUUGGUCCUCCGUUUGAGAGGUGGUAUGCAAAUCUUCGUCAAGACCCUCACUGGGAAGACCAUCACCCUUGAGGUGGAAAGCAGCGACACCAUUGACAACGUCAAGGCCAAGAUCCAGGACAAGGAGGGCAUUCCCCCAGACCAGCAAAGGUUGAUCUUCGCCGGAAAGCAGCUUGAGGACGGCAGGACCCUUGCUGACUACAACAUCCAAAAGGAGUCAACCCUCCACUUGGUCCUCCGUCUCAGGGGUGGUAUGCAGAUCUUUGUGAAGACUCUCACCGGAAAGACCAUCACCCUUGAGGUCGAGAGCAGCGACACCAUUGACAACGUCAAGGCCAAGAUCCAGGACAAGGAGGGCAUUCCCCCGGACCAGCAAAGGUUGAUAUUCGCCGGAAAGCAGCUUGAGGACGGCAGGACCCUGGCUGACUAUAACAUCCAAAAGGAGUCAACCCUCCACUUGGUCCUCCGUCUCAGGGGUGGUAUGCAGAUCUUCGUGAAGACCCUCACCGGGAAGACCAUCACCCUUGAGGUUGAGAGCAGCGACACCAUUGACAACGUCAAGGCCAAGAUCCAGGACAAGGAAGGCAUCCCCCCAGACCAGCAAAGGCUUAUUUUUGCUGGAAAGCAGCUGGAAGAUGGCCGGACUCUAGCUGAUUACAACAUCCAAAAGGAGUCUACCCUUCACUUGGUCCUCCGUCUUAGGGGUGGUAUGCAAAUCUUUGUUAAGACCCUCACCGGGAAGACCAUCACCCUGGAGGUUGAGAGCAGUGACACAAUUGACAAUGUGAAGGCUAAGAUCCAGGAUAAGGAGGGUAUUCCCCCAGACCAGCAGAGGUUGAUUUUCGCUGGAAAGCAGCUGGAAGAUGGAAGGACCCUGGCUGACUACAAUAUCCAGAAGGAGUCCACCCUCCACCUUGUCCUACGUCUCCGUGGUGGUUUCUGAAUGUCUCGGUGAAGUUGCUGUUUCGGGCUGGAGAUGUUGAGUGAACAUUGUUUGGCAUGGGAAAUGGUCUUUUCCUUUUGUGUUUGUGUAUGGGAAGGCUUUGGUCCUAAAACUUCUGUUGUUUUUGUUGUUGUUGCUGGGAUUGGUGGCGGUGUUCUUUUGUUUUUGUUUUGGGAGAUAUAUGGCGGUGUUGACAUUGUGUUAAUAAAAGUUGUUUCUCUGGAAUUAUAGUAGCAGCUGUCUUCCUAUGUUUAAAUAUCAUCCAGAUUCUGAUGUUUGGCUAUCUCAAGUUCCAAAUUGGUUUCAACUGUAGCUGUUGUGUUGUGUUUCUGCCAAGCCUGAGCAGAAUCCAAGUAUUAUGAAAUACCCUCUUGUCCAGCAAGGAGCCGUUAUAAUUCAUUCUUUUCUUGAGAUACUUGUGCUGUUUUACAUUUGCCAUUGCCAAUGGAUUCAUGUGCAACCUGGCCGUUUUUCCAUUUAACUACAAAGUUGAGCUCCUUUGCCAACGAGCGUUUGGAUUUCAACCGGCGCAGUCAUAAUUGUGUCCUAUGGUCUAAUCAAAUGAACAAAAAUGCCUAGUCUUUUACGCCUUAGACGGCUAGACCUGAAGAUGAAAAAUGUUGCAAAGUGGGAUUGGAGUUUAGACAUUCAGCAGGAAUUUUGCUCUUUUUUUUUAUAUAUAUUGAGAUGAAAGUUAAUUUUCAUUAAAAUUCCCGAAAGGAUUCCCACAUGUUGAAAACGGAACACCUAACUAAAAUACUUGAAUAAUACUUGUUCGUUCUCUUGCACUAUACUUGUUCUGGGAUGUAUAUCUCAUUUGCAGAAGUAUUGAGAUUCUUACUUUCAAAGAAAACGAAAAUAUUCAUCAUUAGUUAGCUUCAGAAGAAGUACGUAAUCGAAAGAUUUAUUCAUAUAUUUGUAACUAGGACUGGCAGUUGGGCGGGUUGGGUCGGUGAUCGGUUGGGUCAAAGAUGGAUUUGGGAGUAGGCAAGUCAAGACCUAAUCCAACCCGCGCGGGUUAAAACGGGUUGGGUGAAGACGCGUCGGCGCAGUUGACCUGUUCAAGUUCAUCUAGUAUAAAUUUUUGACUCGUGGCAUGACCUAUACAGGUUGACCCGCGGGUCAUGGCUUAUUUAUUUAUUUUUUU